AUGGUUACCGUUAUGGCUGCUCAGUUUGAGCAGUUGGAGCAGAGUCUUGCUGCUAUGACUGUUUUUGGAGUAGAAGCUUCCACUUUUCAAGAAGAAGAAGAUUUUUCUUAUUUGGGAAGUGCAUCCCAAGUUGAGUCCCAAGUAGUGACGAGAGCUGGACAUGACUUCAUCCAUGAUUCCUACAGUGUAGUUGAGGCAUGCUCAUCUAGUGUUAAUAGUGUUGAAAGCAAGGAAGAACUACAGUUUGACUACAAUCGGAAGAAAUUUGAUAUAGGUCAGGUGAAAGAAAAAGGCAAUGAGAGUGAUGGGAGCAUAGGAUCAGGAAGUGGUCGGAAAGAUUGGGGUAGUGACUUGGUCGAGGACGGGGAGUAUGUAAGGGAAUUGAACAAGAGAGAGUCGAUGGAGUUGGAUGAUGAGGAUUUUGAUGACGACAUAGAAGAAGUGCAGGUUGUGGAAGUAGAAUCUGAAUUUGAAAUGCCACCCACGCUUCAUGGCCCUCAAAUGCAAGCGAUUGAUAUGCUUCAAGGAUGUAGAAGCAUAGAUGAAUUUGAAAGAUUGAACUUAAUCAACGAGGGCACAUAUUGCAACCUUCGGGCUGCCUCUCACUUAGAACAUCCGGUCUUAAAGUAUGGUGUAGUGUACACAGCACGGAAUAAAAAGACCGGGGAGAUUGUACCCUUGAAGAAGAUCGUUGUGGGAAGCACAAUAGAUAGUAUAUUCAUGGGAACAAAGUACCAACACGACAAUUGGAUCCUUCACUUAAACUUCAAAACCUCAAAUUUGCUAUUGAGGAACAGAGUAGAGCCGAAAAUUUGUGAUCUUGGUCCAACACAGCGAUAUGAUAGCCCCUUGAAGGCUUACUCGCAAAUGGCUAAGGAGCCGCUUUUCAACGGCAAGUCUGAUUUUGACCAGAUUGACAAGAUUUUCAAAAUACUAGGAACUCCAAGCGAAAGAAUUUGGCCUGAAUUUGUAAAGCUACCAGGAAUAAAGUGCAACUUCGCUAGACAACCCUACAAUCGAUUAAGGGAAAAGUUCCUUCCGACAAUGUUUGCUGGAAUAUCGACAGUUGCUGAGAGUGGAUACAAUGGACUCAUAACUUAUGAUCUUAAAAAGAGACUAACUGCAGAGGAAGCUUUGAAGCAUGAAUGGUUCAGAGAAGGACCAUUACCCAAGUUCAAGAAGUUCAUGCCAACGUUUCCUGCAAGGAGUGAGCACUAUAGCAGGGAAACGGGCAAGUCACGUGUGAAUGAGGACGACUAUGGUGGACAACUUAUAUAUGCUCUAGGCAUGCAGAUUAUCCAAAUUUUGAGUCGACUUGAAAAUUUGGAAUGGCAUUUCCAUGGAGGUGAUUCUUACACCGCAUUACUUUUGAGCAAACAAGGUACAAGAACAAGCAGGACCUUAUCUCCGAAUAUUGUUCGAAGAGAACUGAACGACGUCUAUAACUGA